AUGUCUUCUCCCCCACCCAAACCUAAAGAUCCAAACCCUUACGAUGAAGGUUACGAGGCUGGUCAAGCAGCGGAGCGAGAUGCUAAAGUACAGAAGAUCUCUUUCCAGUAUUCGGCUGCUUUCAAGAAGGGUUACGAGGCAGGUGUAUUAGCAGAGCAAAACUCCAAAAAUCCAGACAGUAAAGAAGCGAGAGAAGCCAGAAGAGUCAGCAGAGCCAAAGAAAUCGAGAAAGCCGAAAGAAUUCGAGAAAGUAAAGAGGCCAAAGCCAACGAAGCGAGAAGAAUUGAACAAGCGGUCGAGAAAGCGAAUCGUGAUGGAAUUGAAUUUCAAAAGGCAUUAGAUAAAGCAUCAGGGGCGUCAGACGAAGAGAUGAAAACAUCGUUUGAGAAGAGAAUGAGCUUUGCGCAACUGGAGAGGCUUUUGGAGGUUCAAGGGCCUCGUGCAAAAAUAGAUCAGGAAGGCCAUGUUGAAGAUGAGGGAGACAGAUAUCGUGACUGA